GCCAUGAAAACGAUCAAACCAAAUAGCUCAAGGAAAAUGAAACUUGGCCAUAGCUUGAGCUUAGCGUUGGUGGGUACUCACGUUCCCGAGCGAGAUCCCUUGUUGCAUCAGCAAAUGAGAUUUAGAUGUGGAUUAUGUGGAUUCAACCUCUGGAUGACCUCAUUCGUGGCUAUAUCCUGUGGCCGGCCGCAAUUGAUCAUGGUUGAAGGCAAAACAUGGUCCUAUAUAACGAGUUGACAUUUCUCUUUCAUCCCAAGACCAAAGGCAAAGUAGGGAGAUGGCAGGGCCUCAAUGCUGUGCAAACCCACCUGCCCUCAACCCAAACUCUGGGGAAGGGAUAGUUGAAGAAUUUGGAGGACUCUUGAGCUACAUCACUGGUUCAUUGGAUUCCAAGGGUGCAAUCCUUCUUAUCUCUGACGUAUUUGGAUUUGAAGCACCAAACUUGAGGAAGCUAGCAAACAAAAUUGCAGCUGCAGGAUACUAUGUGGUGGUUCCUGACUUCAUGCAUGGGGAUCCCUAUGACCCUGAUAAUACUGAGAGGCCUGUAACAGUCUGGAUGAAAGACCAUGGCAUGGAUGAAGGAUUUGAGGAGGCCAAACCAAUUGUUUCAGCUAUAAAAAGUAAAGGUUUUUCCACUAUUGGGGCUGCUGGGUUUUGCUGGGGCGGCAAAGUAGUUGUGGAUCUAGCAAAGUUCGGUUACAUCCAAGCUGCAGUGAUUUGCCAUCCUCCACUUGUCACUAUCAAUGACAUGAAGGAGGUUAAGGCUCCCAUUGCUGUACUUGGAGCUGAAAUUGAUGAGCAUGCUCCCCCAGAACUUUUGAAACAAUUUGAAGGGGUUUUAUCGGUUGAGGGGUAUGUGAAGAUAUUCCCCGGUGUGCUACAUGGAUGGACAACGAGGUAUGAUGUCGAUGACAAAAAAGCUGUGGAACCUGCUAAGGAAGCACACCAGGACAUAUUGGACUGGUUUGCUCAGUACAUCAAGUAAAAGAGAAGAUUAGAUACAGACAUUACCCGACGACCCCAUAUGGUUGGGAUAAGGCUAAGUUGUUGUUGUUGUAGAUAUAGACAGCAAGAAAAACUAUUCAGGGUGUAGCAUCAGUCCUAUUUUCCAUAGUUUCUGUUUUGCUCUUAAGCAUUGUUGUUAGCGGCGGCUGCGGCGUAAAAUCAUUUUCAAGUACUAAUCUUGGUAUGAAUAAAUUUUGCUUCUGAAU